GCGGCGGGGCCGGAGCGGCGCGGAGGAGGGGACAAGACCAGGGCAGGAGGGAACCGGCCGGCAGAGCCCCGUACGCCCAGCAAGAUGCUGUCUUGGCGGCUUCACACGGGCCCCGAGAAGGCCGAGCUGCAAGAGCUCAACGCCCGGCUCUACGACUAUGUGUGCCGCGUGCGGGAGCUGGAGCGCGAAAACCUGCUCCUGGAGGAGGAGCUGCGCGGCCGGCUCGGGCAGGAGGGCCUGUGGGCCGAGGGGCAGGCCCGCUUCGCCGAGGAGGCGCGCGGCUUGCGGCAACAGCUGGACGAGCUGAGCUGGGCCACGACUCUGGCCGAGGGCGAGCGCGACGCGCUGCGGCGCGAGCUGUGGGAGCUGCAGCGGCUGGGCGAGGAGGAGCGCGCCGCCCGCGGCCGCCUGGACGCCGAGCUGGGCGCGCAGCGGCGCGAGCUGCAGGAGGCUCUGGGCGCGCGCGCCGCCCUCGAGGCGCUGCUGGGCCGGCUGCAGGCCGAGCGCCGGGGCCUGGAAGCGGCCCACGAGCGCGACGUGCGGGAGCUGCGCGAGCGCGCCGCCCGCCUGACCAUGAGCUACCGCGCCCGCGCCGCCGGCCCCGCCGCGUCCCCGCCGCGCCUGCGGGAGGUGCACGACAGCUACGCGCUGCUGGUGGCCGAGUCGUGGCGGGAGACCGUGCAACUGUACGAGGACGAGGUGCGCGAGCUGGAAGAGGCGCUGCGGCGCGGCCAGGAGAGCCGGCGCGAGGCCGAGGAGGAGACGCGGCAGUGCGCGCAGGAGGCGGAGGCGCUGCGGCGCGAGGCGCUCGAGUUGGAGCAGUUGCGCGCGCUGCUGGAGGAAGAGCUGCUGCGGCUGCGGGAGGCGUACGAGCUGCAGGCGGAGGAGCGGCAGAGAGUGAUUACCUGCCUGGAGGAUGAGAAGGCGGCCCUCACCUUGGCCAUGGCGGACAGGUUGCGGGACUAUCAGGAGCUUGUGCAGGUGAAGACUGGCCUCAGCCGGGAGGUGGCAACAUAUCGAGCCUUACUAGAAGGAGAAAGUAAUCCAGAGAUACUGAUCUUGACUGAGCGCAUCGAAAACGUGCCACAAGAGUUCAGAAAAACAUCCUAUCAGUAUGCCAGCACGGUGCUGCAGAGGGAAAAUGAACGAAAUCUGUUUCCCAGGCGGAAAGCACCUCUGGCCAGCUUCAGCCACAGCCUGGCGCAGCGCUCUCACCUGUCGGCAAAGCCUGGAGCUCGGCCCGCCGUCCCAGGUGCUGCGGGCAGUGGCUUCCUAGGCUCGGGAUAUUCUUCCCUAACCACUACCCGGUGGGAGAAAACUGACGGCAAAACUGCUGACUCUCAGGAAAAACCUGCCAACAGCCAAGCCAGCGUCAGAACUUUCUCUCCAGUGCCCGGUCUUUUAAGGGAUACUGAGGCUCCAGCGAAAACAUUCCCCGAAAGACCGAGAACCGCGGGUACAAAGGCCGCCUCUGCUAAUGUAGCCAAAGAGCCCACCCUUGCCCAAAAGCCCUAUCAGGACAAUGUGUUGACAGGUGCUUCCAAAAGCACGUGGUCAAGUGAGAGAACCGUCCUUGUGGAAAAGAAGACGGGGGCUAAUGUCACGAGAGAGCAGGAGAGAAACAGGCCAGGUGCCAUCCAAACAAAGUGGGAAGAGAAGGUGUUUGAUUCCAAAGAGAAGGCUUCAGAGGAGAGGAAUCUAAGGUGGGAAGAGCUGACAAAGUUAGAUAAAGAAGCAAGAAAAAGAGAAAGCCAGCAAAUGAGGGAAAAGGAGAGAGGGAAGGAGUCGGCGAAGGAGAAGAGUGUUCGAGAAAGAGAGGUACCGAUCAGUCUAGAAGUCUCCCAGGAUAGCACACCAGGGGUGGCCCCAAAAGGUUUGCAGACUCCCCUCCAGGGGGAUGCUCGUGACGGUGCAGGCAGAGGCAUGGAAAAGAAGGAGGCCAGGUUCAGGCUGGACCGCGGCGACACCACCAGCUCCCCGAAGGGUGACUCCACGACCGAAACCAUAGCCGAAAACAUCGUGUCCAGUAUCCUGAAGCAGUUUACCCAGUCUCCUGAUACAGAGACAUCUGCUAAUUCUUUUCCGGACACGAAGGUCACUUACAUGGACAGGAAGGAGCUUCCCGGCGACAGGAAAACAAAGACUGAGAUAGUCGUGGAGUCGAAACUGACCGAAGAGGUGGAUAUUUCAGACGAGGCUGGCCUGGACUAUCUUCUGAGCAAGGAUGUUAAGGAGGUGGACCUGAAAGGAAAAUCGGCUGAGCGGAUGAUAGGAGACAUAAUCAACCUUGGUCUGAAAGGAAGAGAGGGGAGGGCAAGGGUGGUCAACGUGGAGAUCAUUGAGGAGCCCGUGAGCUAUGUUGCUGGUGAGAAGGCGGAGGAGUUUUCUACCCCCUUCGAAGUGGAGGAGGUUGAUGAUGUGUCUCCGGGCUCCAAGGGGCUGGCUGAGGAGCAAGAAGGUUAUGGAGAAACAGACAUCAUGUUCUCAGGUAAUCAGCAUAAAAAGACCAAGCGGCCCCAAGAGAAUGUAACUCACGUCGAAGAAGUAAUGGAGGCGGGUGACUCAGAGGGAGAGCAGAGUUAUUUUGUGUCGACCCCAGAUGAGCACCCUGCGGGGCAGGACAGAGACGAGGGCUCGGUGUAUGGGCAGAUCCACAUUGAAGAAGAGUCCACCAUCAGGUACUCUUGGCAAGAUGAAAUCGUGCCAGGGACUCGGAGAAGAAUAAAGACGGACGAUGGGCUGGGGGAGAAGGUGGUGAAGCCGUUGGACAUCUCAGAACCUUCUGUGGAGGAGGAGGUGGGUUAUACUCACUGGAAGGAACAAGCUAGAAGUGGUGAAUUUCAUGCUGAGCCCACAGUCAUUGAGAAGGAGAUUAAAAUACCACCUGAGUUCCACACGUCCAUUAAGGGAUCCUUCAAGGAGCCCAGACACCAGCUGGUGGAGGUUAUUGGGCAGCUAGAAGAGAGCCUUCCGGAGCGCAUGAAGGAAGAGCUGUCUGCUCUCACCAGAGAGGGUCAGGGCGGGCCCGAGAACGUUUCGGUCGACGUAAAGAAAGUCCACACCUCCGGGGGUAGGUCCGUGACCUUGGUUGCCGAAGUCAACCUCUCGAGAACCGUGGAUGCCGAUCAGUUAGACCUGGAGGAGCUGAGCAAAGACGAAGCCAGUGAAAUCGAGAAAACCGUGGAGUCAGUGGUACGAGACAGUUUGGCCAGGCGGCACAGCCCGGCGCCUGGAAGCCCAGACGGGGAGACCGCAGAGGAGCCCCCGGCUGCCGGCUUUCGCUUCAAGCGCUGGGCCACCCAGGAACUGUACCGCCCCGGCGGUGAGGAGGGCGAUGCCAGCCGGGCCUCUCAGGGCACGGAGCAGGUCGCUUCCCCGGGUCCGGUGUCAGCCACGGUAGAAGUCACCAGCCCGAGGGGCUUUGCCCAGUCACACGUGGUAGAGGACGUAAGCCGGUCUGUCAGGCGUGUUAAAGUAGACCCCACUGGGAUUUGGAGGACUGAGCAAGUCUCACGAGAAGGACCCACUGCACAAGUGGUGGAGGUAAGUGGGGAAGGGGACCUAAGUCCGGCCCUGAGCUCGCCAGGAGCCACCUGGUCUGUGAGGCACUUCACCCUGAGUCCUGAUCAAAGUCAAGUGUUCCAGGAAGUCUUCUUCCAAAGGUCUGUCCCUGCCUUUCGGGAGGCAGGGGGCACAGAAGAGCCUGGCCCGAUAGAGCUGUCCACAGAUAUGGACACAGCGGGGAGGCGCAGUGUGUUUGGCUCCGAACAGUUUCAUGCUAAAAGGGAAAUUACUUUUCAGGGCCCCAUUUCUGGGUCGGGGAAGGUUGGCGAUUAUUUUCAAACAGAAGAGUGUACCCAGACUUCUGUAAAGGACCUUCAGGUGGGCCCCAGAGAGGGGUUUGGGGAGCAGAUCCAGUUCAGAGCCCCCCUUCCAGACAGAAGGGCGUUGAGUAUCAGGGAAGCUUCCGUGAGCAUUGAAGAGUGGUCAGGGGACGGCACAUCUGUCAGGCAGGUCACGGUCUGGGCUCAGCAGCAUCAGACCACUGGGCACAUAGUUCCCCUGCCCCGGGAAUUCAGCCACUCAGAAAGCAGUGCCCAUGGAGAGGGCUCGGCAGACAUGAGCCAGGCUGCACGUAGUUCCGCUGUGGGUGGGAAGAUCCUGAUGACCGGAAACAGCACCUUCCAAAGUGCCAGUUCCCAGUGGCCUCAGGAGGCCAGUGUGGGAGAUGCACGAGGGGCAGAGGAGACACCGGGCAUGAGCAGAGCCUUUAGGCACAUUUGUCUGGGUCCCGCAGAGACCACAGCCUCUGAACGGGUUGUCUUCCACGAGCCCGUUUCCAAAUCGCUUGCACCUGCCGGUUCAGCGGGCUCCCCUGAGCUAGGCGAGUUGGCAGACGGCAGCGGGGUGCUCAGGCACGUGGCACGGGGCCCCAGAGACUCUCCCUUUACCUUUCAGAUGGACAUGAGUCACGUGGAGGCGAGCCCCCGCUGGACGCAAGACACCACGGUCUUCUUCCCUGCAGGGACGGAAGCGGCGGCUCGUGGUGCCCCUGAUCGUGGGGCCUGGAGAGACGGGGGCAGUGGGAAUGCCUGGGUGGCCAGCGUGAGCUUUCAGGGCUCUUCCGGGGACGCACACCAGGUCCCCGGGGAAAAGGGCAAGGCGCAGGCUGAGUUUGACAAGACGGUGCAGCUACAGAGGAUGGUAGACCAAAGGUCGGUGAUUUCGGAUGAAAAGAAAGUUGCCCUCCUCUAUCUAGACAGUCAGGAGGAGGAGAGUGAGGGCCGCUGGUUUUGAUAAGCAAAUAUUUUGUUUUCAGUGGUGUCUUAUCUGGUAACACAGUAACACACAGAGGCCUUUACUUCUUUGAAGGAGGGAGGCUCAGUCUUUACGAAGACCUCCCCACUUUUCUUACUUUCUCCAAAGAGCGCUCCAGGCGAUGUCACUUUACUUUAUAAUCUGUAAAGGUGUCAAAUGAAUUCAUGCCUUCGAAGGCAUUUGAAUUUUAUUUUUGAGUUGGAACUUUGACACAAAUAUUUUUUUUAUCUUUUUAGUCUUAAAAGUUCCUUUUUCUGGAGUUUUCUCUCCACUGCUUGAGACAGUUUCGACCAAUUUUGCUCCUGGUCACGGAAAUGCCUCACAUCUGUUUGAAGUUAUAAUCAACUCUCUAUAGGGAAAAUGCCUAAACGGUAACAAUAUAGUAAGAUGCCUAUAUGAUAACAAGAUUAAAGUAAUAUAUUUAAGAGUAAAUUUUAUUUGCAUGUGCUAAUAUGAAAUAAUCAACUAACAUUUAAAAGGAAAAAUGUGUACAUUUGUCACUUUUCCAAGUCUUUUCAAAAAGAAAUCCUAGGAAAGAAGCAGAUUGCUUCCAUAAAAGAUAAAAGUGAAAAAAAAAAAACCUAAAUGGUUCUAAAUUUAGGAAAAAGUUAAGUUCACUUUGAGACUUGAAUGAAUUGCUUUCUAUGUGCAGAACUCCAAAAAAUAUAUAGUAUUUUUGUUUAUGGAGAGGAUAGCUUCAGCCCAUUUGAUAUUCCAAGUCCACACGCUUGCUAUGUUCGUGUAAAUUCUUAGAAGCCCACCCUGGGCUUAUGUGUAGGGAAAGUGACUGUUGGGAAUGCGUUAUUGUAUUUCCUUUCUCACAGCACUGGGUUGUUAAGUAGCAUACAGUCUAAGUAUUCUUGUUUGUUACAACCUAAGUUCUGGAGUAGCCAGCUCCCGCCAGAGUGUUAAGCUUCUCCAUACCUUAACCCUUAGCCCUGUCUACACAUUUAAUUUUACUGGCGGGAGGCAGACCCUGAAGACAGUAAAGAGAAUGCUGAUGAUGCUCAAGCUAGAGCCUGGCUUGCCAGAUGAUCCUGUGCCGUGACAUUGGAAGCACAGGGUGGACUGUGCCUCCCAGAGAAGGCCUUGCAACGCACCGCUAAAGGGACCGAAGUCUGGGUGAUGCAAAAUGACAACCAACCUCGAGGACGUUUUUGCAUUUUCUUUUUUUUUUUUUAACGUUUAUUUAUUUUUGAGACAGAGAGAGACAGAGCAUGAACAGGGGAGGGGCAGAGAGAGAGGGAGACACAGAAUCUGAAACAGGCUCCAGGCUCUGAGCGGUCAGCACAGAGCCCGACGUGGGGCUCGAACUCACAGACCGUGAGAUCAUGACCUGAGCCGAAGUCGGACACUUAACCGACCAAGCCACCCAGGCGCCCCCGUUUUUGCAUUUUCAACAGAAAUCAUUACAGCUGGGGUGUUUUGCCCAGGGAAGAGAAUACUAAUGUUACAUAGGAUAAGAUGUUUUGUGGGAGGGACUGGGUGCCUCUCCUGCUGCCCAGCACCCAGGAGGGGCCCUGGAGGAAGGCAAAGGCCCUACCCUCGCGGGCCACGGGAUGCUGACGUGCAGGUACACACCGUGAAGUUGAAGGUACUAGAAAGAGUGAGUGUGCUUUACUAGGUUUGUUUUAUUUUACAUAAGGGUAUUGCUUUUAAGGCUUCGUCUUUAAAGGUAGCAGCACACAGAAAUUACCUCUCCAGCAGCACAGUAUUAUUUUAAUCCAAACUAGUUGCUUGCACAUAACAUUGUUUAAACUGUAUUUCCAGUAACAAUCCUAGAACUGCCAGUAGGACACUGAGGAAUAGUGAUUGGAGGUAAUGCCAUCCUCUAGUGGGUUAUGAUGUUGGGGGUGGUGGUUACGGCAUGAGGGUCUUCUCUCGGUGGGGGGAGGCGGGAUGUCACACAGUGGCCCUCACCUCCUAGAAAUGGCUACAGCAGGUAGUUUAGGGAGAGUGCAUUUUCUUAAUAAGUGGAGGAGAAAUGCAGCCAAGCUUUCAGGAUGAUCCAUUUUACAAACACUGUGAAUCGGGGUAUAGAAAAAGUUGAACUGCAAGUUUAAACCUUUGUUAUCUUCCAAAUGAACUAGUAAUUGUCACAGACUGGUACAGAGGUGAUGGCUUGGCAAACAAAGCCUUCUUGUUUCUCAUAUAGUCAAAGAUGGGCGAUUUUAUGUUAGCUGUAAUUGGUAAUGGUAUUUGUAGAAGUGAUUUAUUGGUCAAGGUGACAGCCUACUGUUUUGAUGGCGACACAGACUGAGGAUGGGGAGUCUGUUAUGUGAGUCUGAGUGGGCUUACUUUAAUGUCCCUCUCUUGCCUUGUGAUCUUGUGAAUGAGUGCUAACAGGGACAGAUUAUUAAUAUCAUGACCCACCUCUCUUUGGAAAAUAUCUUAGGUCUUAAUUUAUAUUUCCAUGUUAGAACACAUGUCUUCAAGAAGCAUCCUGCCAAGAGUACUUACCAAUAUGGACUCCUGAGCUGUCUUUGGUUACUCAGUCUCUGGAUCAACCAGGAGCAGGCAUGCCCUCCACACUGUGAAGGUCGCCUGAAAGUUCUGUGUCCUUUAAAACCAGUCGCUCUGGAGACCAUAGAAAUCAACUUUGUGGGUUGGGACAGAACCAAUUUUUGCUGUUGUAUAGACAAAACAGUAUUAAUGGAAUGUUUUUCACCUUCCCACUGGUUGUUUUGAUAUCAUUUGUUUCAAAUGUAUAUUUAGAAUGGAAUCACUUACAAAGCUCAUCUUUCUAAGCUCCUGUUCCCUACAAAGGGAAAUGUCACAAGAAUGUAUAAAAAUAAAAAUCUAAGAAAAAAAAAAAAAAAAAACCUCCACAUUGUUCCUAAAGAGAAUGAAUGUUUUCCAGUAGGUGUUUUUGUGGUUUCUA